GAUUCUGUGGCUAGUGACGGUGAAGCUGAACUCAACUCACCUGGUAUUCUGGCACUGCUAUUUGCUCAGUAAUAAAGCUUCACAAUUUCCAACGCACAAUUAAAAAAGUGGGAUUUUUUUAAAUUUUCACUGUUACUGCCAUGUGUUGGUGCUUCAUGGUUCAGUCAUAUAUGUUGCUUUUCAAGUAUUAUAAUGGUCUGGAGUGGAUCUGGAGCUCAUUUUCUAGUUCUGCAAGUCUCUAAAUUCCAUGUGUGUGUGUGUUUGUGUGUGAGUGAGAGAGAGAGAGAGAGAGAGAGAGAGAGGUAUAUUAUUCUCUGUGAACAAGGUUUCCACUGCAAAAACCAUCUGUCAUUUUGACUCAUCUCUCUGCUGCUCUUCAUCAGUCUCAUUUCUCUAUUCUACUCCAGCUGGGUCAUCUGCAUUUAAAAGCUUUUUUGACUUGGGUUUUGGAUGCUUUCAUAUUUUGGGUGCUCAAAGGUUUAAUCUUGUACUUUCUUGAAGAUUAGAGCUUUGAGCUUUGGAGAUUAGUUAAGUAGGAGACUUGGGGUACUAAUUAGCAUUGUGGAUAAACCCCACCUGGGUCCCUCAGAUAUUAUAACUUCUUUGGUAUUUGAUGGGUGUAGUUAAUUUCUUUUACAUGUAACAAUUUUGUCCAUGUAUUUUGGGGUCUCUGUUUAGUGGGUAAGGGAAAAUUAUUAGGUGUCUCUCAUAGUCUCAUGUGCUGAAGAAAACUGUCUAUUUUUAGCAUGGGCAGUUGUCAAGCUAUUGUAUACAGGAGCUUUUUUUUGUUGGGGAAUUAAUGGGACUUGUUUUGUCACCCAGAUCUGCUUAGAGAUUUGAAGAUAGGAUUUUGGACCAUAUUGGUCAGCAAAAAAUUAAGGAGGGUGUGUGAGGUUUGUUUGAGCAACUAUGAGAUCCAUAGAGGAUAAGGAGAUUUCUGGAGGCAAUGCUAUAAGUUUUGAGUUUCACAAUAAACAGAAUGGAGGAGGAGCUAACCGCACAAGUGGCAACACUACUUCUUCCCAUCAUCAUAGAACAGCUUUGGGAAAGUUACCAACACCAUCAAAAUGGGAUGAUGCACAGAAAUGGCUAGUGGGGUUGUCAAGAGGAGUAGACAAAACGCAGUCCAAGACCAAACCCAGAAACUCAAAUGCAGAUGACUUGAGGCUCAUAGCUCCUGUGCCGCAGAAGGAGCAGGACUACUCGAGCGGAGACGAGGAUGGAGAAGACGAUAGACACGGAAAAGAAGCAAAUGGGUGUUCUGGAACUGCAGUGGCAAAUCAUUACGAUGUGGAGACGAAGAAAGUGGACUGUGAUGACUCGGUUUGGAGGAGCAACAAGCCUAUGGAGAACCCAACUUCAGCUGCUGCCAUGAGAUCCAUAUGUUUGAGGGACAUGGGAACUGAGAUGACCCCAAUUGCAAGCCAAGAGCCUUCGAGAACCGGCACGCCUAUCCGGGCCACAACUCCGGCUGCAAGGAGCCCGAUAUCUUCGGGAUCCUCGACUCCGGUCAGGGCAUGUCAGCAUGGGAUGCAAGCUAGCCAGCAGGGGUAUCAAGGGUCUGGUGAUAAUGGUAGAAGUACUCAUGAGGGCAUUCCUUGUGGGAGAGGGAGUGGCGGAAGCAAUAAAAGGUAUGUGGAGGAAUCAAAUGUGUGCAAGAAUAGUAUGCCUGAGAAUCAGAGUUCAGAUCAAGCUAGGAAGCCAAAUCCUCUAGAAACUAGAGCAAUGGCUUGGGAUGAGGCAGAACGCGCUAAAUACAUGGCAAGGUACAAGCGUGAAGAGGUAAAGAUACAAGCCUGGGAAAACCAUGAGAAGAGGAAAGCUGAGAUGGAAAUGAGAAAAAUGGAGGUGAAGGCUGAAAGAAUGAAAUCUCGGGCACAAGAAAAGUUAACAAAUAAACUUGCUGCAACGAGAAGAAUAGCCGAAGAAAAGAGGGCUAAUGCAGAGGCCAAACUCAAUGAAAAAGCUUUGAAGACGUCGGAAAAGGCAGAUUACAUAAGGAGGACUGGUCAUUUGCCCUCUUCAUUCUCUUGCAAGUUGCCUUCUCUUUGCUGGUAGGCUUGGUAGCUAUCUGUAAUUCUGUAGUACAUGUAACAUCUCCUAGUUUUUUUUUUUUUCCCUCUCCUUCUUUUCCUGCCAAUUAUUAAUAUGCAAGUGAAUAUGUGUAUCCACUGUGGAGUUUAUUAUCAUAUUUGUUAACUGUUUCACCAA